CGGUGAGCGUCUCCGUCAUGACGCAACGGAGGAGCUGAGCGGAGCGGAGCAGCAACAUGGCUGCAGAUUACUGGGAGCCAGAAAGACCCGAGACUCUGUCACACUGAACCGAGCCAAAGAUAACCCGGGACAGGCCGGGACUAAUCCUCCGGGUGGGGUCUCCAGGCUGGCUGCUCUGCCCUCCUCAGCAUCACAUCCCCCUCUGCCCCCUCGUCCCCCCCUGAUGGAGAGGAUGAGGAAGAUCAAACGGCAGCUGUCACUCACUCUGGGGAGGGGUGGGGCCGGGGGAGGGGACAGGAUGCUGAGUGACACAAUCAACCAGGAAGUGACAUCACACAGCGACUCAGAGGUGGUGUCUCUACGUGGUUCUUCUGGAAGUUUGAAGGUUCGAGGUUCGUCGUCUUCAGUUCAGUCUCUCCUUCAGUCGUACAGCAGCUCGCUGAGAAAACCUCGAGGCCUUGGACGGAGCCUGAGCUCCUACCUGAACCACACCGCACGGCUAGAGAUCGUCCACGAGGACGUGAAGAUGAGUUCAGAUGGUGAAAGUGAUCCAGCUUCUUCUUCAGAUGGUGUUCAGAGUCCAGUCAGAGUGAGACUGAGAAACAAGAAGAUCUCUACUGAGGACAUUAACAAACGUCUCUCAUUACCGGCGGACAUUCGUCUUCCAGAUGGUUACCUGGAGAAGUUUAAUCUUAUGGGUCCAGCGCUCUUUGAGCAGCCAAUCAGCAGGCGACUACGCAGAGUGUCUCUGUCAGAGAUUGGUUUUGGGAAACUGGAGACAUACGUCAAACUGGACAAACUGGGAGAGGGGACCUAUGCUACAGUGUAUAAAGGUCGCAGUAAACUGACUGAUAACCUUGUGGCUCUGAAGGAAAUUCGACUGGAACAUGAAGAAGGAGCUCCGUGUACUGCUAUCAGAGAAGUGUCACUUUUGAAGGAUCUUAAACACGCCAACAUCGUCACGUUGCAUGACAUCAUUCACACGCAGAAAUCCCUCACACUGGUAUUUGAGUAUCUGGACAAGGAUCUGAAACAGUAUCUUGACGACUGUGGAAACAUAAUCCAUGUUCACAACGUCAAACUCUUUCUUUUCCAGUUGCUGCGUGGUUUGUCAUACUGUCAUCGGCGAAAAGUUCUCCAUCGAGACUUGAAACCACAGAACCUGCUGAUCAACGAGCGAGGAGAGCUCAAACUGGCAGACUUUGGUUUGGCUCGAGCCAAGUCAAUCCCGACCAAGACGUACUCUAACGAGGUGGUGACGCUGUGGUAUCGACCACCUGACAUCCUGCUGGGCAGCACUGACUACUCCACUCACAUCGACAUGUGGGGUGUUGGUUGUAUCUUCUAUGAGAUGGUGACUGGUCGACCUCUGUUUCCUGGUUCCACAGUGGAGGAGGAGCUUCACUUCAUCUUUAAACUGCUGGGAACCCCCACAGAGCAAAGCUGGCCGGGGAUCAAUUCAAAUGAAGAGUUUGUGACUUACAACUACCCUCAGUACAGCGCAGAGAGACUGAGUAAUCACACUCCCAGGCUCAGCAGUGAAGGAGUGGAGCUGUUGUCAAAGUUCCUGCAGUUUGAGGGGAAGAAGAGGAUCUCAGCAGACAUGUCACUGAAUCAUCCUUACUUCAGUAACCUUGGAAACAGAGUGAUGUCACUUCCUGACACAACGUCCAUCUUCAGUCUGACAGAGAUUCAACUGGAAAAAGAAACAAUGAGGCCAACAGCUACACCUGAUCCAGCAAACAGUCCAUCCAGGAGGCGGAGUCUGCUGUUUUGACAUCAUCGUGGAGGUGGAGUCUGCUUUAUUGACAUCAUCAUGGAGGUGGAGUCCACUAUUUCUACAUCAUCAUGGAGGCUGACUCUUCUUAUCUGAUGUCAUUGUGGAAGCAGAGUCUGUAGGCGGUGACUCGUCCUCUUACAUUACCAGGGAGGCAGAGUCAGCUCAUCUGACAUCAUCAGUGGAGACUACUCCAGGACAGAGAAAGGUAAAGGGAGGAAAGUGUUUUUUUUUCUGUGGACAAGAAACUGCUGCUGAGGUACAGGAAGUGAAACACAAGAAGAAGAAAUCAAAGUGUAGUCUGACAUGAUUGUUUAUCAGCUGAAGAAAAGAAGAUGUCGUCUUGCUGACAGACAAACAGAUGCAAUAAUCAAUCACAGCAGCUGUAUGACCAAUCAGUGAACAGCACGUUGUUACUAACAAAGCAGAUUUUGGAGAGAAUUCUGUCUUCCAUUUUCACCUAAAUAUCAAGUUUCAAAGGACUUGAAAGUAUCCUGGGUUUUGUUGUCAUGUCAACGCCUGGAUAUGGUGAGUACAACCUGUGCGACAGCAACACUUUUAGUUCACCUGAAGCCUGUGUCACGUCAGUGAUGCUGUCAGGUGGUUAAAGUGGACUCUUUAAAUCAGAACAUUGUUUCAUUUUAAAAGAACAACAACAAAUAGCUGACAGAUUUAUCAUCAGUUCAAACAGCAAAUCCUGCAGAGAAACAGGAAGUCCUGCAGCAAACAGGAAGUGAUGCACACAGACAGGUAGCUUUUCACACAACACUAACAGGAGUGUUGAUGAAGAAUGUUUAAUUAUUUAACCUGCAGCUCUUCAGAGUUUAACAGUCUUUAUAAUCUGUUUGGAGCUGAUCCAGGAUUACUGCAGUAUAGUACUUAAUUUACAGUACAGUAAUAUUUAUUAUAAACAGCCUGCAGGAGAGGCCAUGUUCGCUUAAACAGAAAGAAACUGUUUUAUUGUGAAAGUGUGUUGCAGCUCUUCUGCAUGUGUGUGCCGUACACUCAGACUCUAUACUGUAAUACUGUUAAUAAAUACUAAUACUGUAAAAACUACAGUAAUAUUGUUAAUACAUCUAGAUAUACUGUAAAUCUGCAACAAACAGCUGUGAGCUGUUUUCUUUGUAUAUUCUAUUUAUCACCGAGAAUUUCAACAGGUGUUAUAAAUUAUUUUAUUGUGUUUAUUGUUAUUGGAUGUCAAUAAGUUGUUCAUCUGUUGGGAACCAGGAGAUGAAGAUGUAGUGUCGGCAGAGUAUCACCUACAAACAAAAGUUUUCUCUUCACAUCGACUAGUUUUACAUAAAAGACAACACAAGUUUUUAUUUCAGAGUUAAGAGCCGACUGUCAGCCGACACUCGGACGACAGUUUGACCUGGUGGGAGAAUGUGAUCACCUGUAUGUAAUCUGUUAGCCACACAUACAAGCUUGAGUCAGGUGAAAGUGGCGACCGAGAUGGUAUAAAUCAAAUGAGGCAUCAUUCCACCUAAUGACGCCUCUUCCAAAUUUGAUUUCACUUCGUAUAGAUUUAUUAAUGUUAUUAAUAUUUAUUAAUGGCUGGAGUGAGUAUGUGCUGCCACACACAUACUCUCCUUUUCCAUUCAGCUCAACAUCUUCACCUCCUGCACAUGAUUAUUUGAAUGAUGGAAGCCUGGACAUAAAGUCAAUGACAGCUCUCGCACAAUCCAUCUACUCAGUAUUCUAAUUAUGAGUCCUUAUCAUCACGCAGGCCGAGUUCACCAGAACAAAACUUCAAUCAGCAGAUGCAUGUAAUAAUAAAUAAAUGAACUAUUGUGCACUGUUUGAAGCAUUCAGAUCAGCUCCGAAAGUGGGUUGGGCAGGGCUUAUUUGUCAUCACGGUGGGGAUUUUGAUUUGGUCUGAUGGCGGGCUCAGUGUGUGGUUGGGCGGGGCUUCUGUAAGGUGGAAGCAGAACUGUCAGUUUGUCAGUCUCUCAUCCCUUCAAGGGUGGAUUUCUUAAAAAAAAAAAACAUAUUGAAGUUUGUUUUUUCAAAGUCAGAAGCAUUGAUAUUUUUAAACUGUUUGAUGUUGUUGAUAUGAAUUUUUAUUUUUUAGCUGUGAAGAAAUAUUUAAAUAUCGAUUAGCAGAGACUAAAGAUUGAUCAGAGUGUUCCUAAUGAUGUGUUUGAUUUCUGUAAAAAUUUAAUGUGGACUUUUGAAAUAUCCAGGGUCCAUAAAAAGAAGGCACCUCUUCCAUGUUUUGUUGUCAUUGAAGAAUUCUCCUGAUGUGCCACACAUUAAUCCAGUGUCCAUCUUCCAAACUAAAGCAAUCUCUACAAAUAAUCGACUCCAGAAUUGCCCGGUUUAGAGAUGACAAGUGUCAAAAGUGAUACAUCAACAAGAAAGAGUCACAGCAUUGUCCUAAUAUAUUUAUUCAUGUAGUCAUUGAAUGUUUGAAGUAAAAAUAUUUUGCUUUUCCUCAGGAUGGAUGGAAACAUUUUAUAAAAUCCACUGAUGGAAAUGAUGAAAACUGGAAGCGGUGUCUUCGCUAAAAGUCAGUAAAUCAGAAGAGUUGUUUCUGUUUCUGUGAAUAAAAUGUGCAGAAGGAAGUGAUGUAACAGGGAGUCAAAGUGAAACUUCAGUUAGCCAUGUGAGUGCAGCUUUGAUAAUGAAUGACUGUUGAAUGUAACUACCAGCUGUUAAUGUGGUCAGUAGUUUACAGUAAUAAUGUGUACAGAUGAUUUUUAAGCUGCUGUUGUGUUGUUCCUCAGCUGCUUUUCAACUGCACAGAAAACAGCAUUUUGAUCUGAAAGUAAAUCUUGUCAUUGUCUGUUGUUUGUUUUAGUUUUGGUGUAGGUACAGUAAUGGAUGGAUGUAAAGCAAUCCAGAACAGUAAAACUGCCUCAGUAGCACAUUGUUGAAAUCUUAAGGAUCAAAUAUAAAAAAUCUGUUAUUUUUAAAUAUACAGUUUAUAAUCCCACAAGGGGAAUUUUUUUUUUACACACACACACACACACGCUCAAUGUCAAAGUCUGCCCAGCAGUGGCCAGGAUGUCAACUAGCAUUUUUCAACUACUAGUCCCCAUCAUAAUUUAAUUUGUCUGAGUGGGACUUGAAUUGGCGACCUUCGAGCACCCAAGCCAAAUUCCUAAGAACUGCAGUAUUGCUGCCCAAUGUAUGACAUUAAAGAGUUAUCACCAGCAGUUAAUGUGACCCAAAUAAAAUGUCCACAGAUUUCAGUUUACACUAUUUCAUUAAUUAGGUUAAGAGAGAAUCAACUUCUGACCAAGAUUGCCUCUCAGAAAAAUCUGCCGGUGGUUUUUAAUAUUGAGUCACAGCUACAAUUGUGGCUCGUGAUGUUGAUGUAACAAUGCGUCAAUGCGUCUUUAACCAAAGAAAUAGGGAUUUUGUUGUUUCUAAAUGUAACUUGUGAGCUUGUGGGUGUGAGACUCGAAAUUGUGGAUGUUAUGUUCGGCGUUCAAGUUGUCAAAUUGUGCGAUCAAUGCUGUUUGGCAACACCAUCAAGACGGGACGCCAUGAAGCCAGAAUUGUAGAAUGGUAGCACGUGGGAUACAUAAUUUACAAUCUGUUUAGCAAUGGUAAUAUUACUAUGUACGUCAGGCAAAGUUAUUCAGAAGUUACCAAAAUUACAGUAUAUUAUUACAUCGGUAUAUUAUUACAUCAUCAUCCUCUCAACAUUAACUUCUAAAAAACACCAGCAAACAUGUCUCAACUCAUCAAAUUGGACAUGUCAAAGUUUCUACCCCCAAUACAACAAAUGGGGUGCGUUCAUGUGGAGUCUUCCUAGCAACGCAGGAAAAACAACCCAAAGUCAUUUCUGUUCAGAGAAGAAGAAUCGAACAUUUCCAACCUUCACAUUCCUUUCAUUUUCAUCCUCACAGUUACAGUCAGACACUUUGAAGAAAUAAAAACAUAAAACAUUUCAUUGAAUAUGCCACAAAUCAAAAUGUAAAGAAGAAAUACAGUGGAAUAAGUUAUUAAUCUUGGCUUUGUUUACUGUGCAGUCAUAUAUGUAUUAUUGGGUUAGUAUGUAGUGCACAUGGAUCUAGAUGCUGUUUUCUCUGCUUUUGUAAAUGAACUAACACACUUUGAUUUGGUCAACACCAUACCAAAGUUAUCUGCAAUAUACUGCACUGCAUGAUGGGAUUCUUCCAGAUAACUAUGCUGUCUAUUCUUUGAAUAUUCUUCCAUUUGCCAAGAAAGCACUGCGACGUAUCUGAUGCUAUAACUGAUGUGCAUACUUGAAAUAUCAGUCCAAGUAUGGAAAAUAAACUAUAUCCUGUUAUUGUGUAAGAUUAUGUUUACUACAUGUAUUCUGGACAUAUUUACAGUAUACAAAUAGACAAUAAAAUGCUUUAUUUAUGAUCA